AAGUCCAUUCAUUCUCAUAUUUUCUUCUUUCCCAAUUCCAUUCUUAGUUACAACAACAACCAAAAUGGCCUUAACACUUCGUUCUUCUCCUUCCUUUAUCAAUCCAAAGGACACCACCAAGGGUCCCAAAACACUUGAUGAAUUCCAUGGAUGUGUUUCUUAUGUCCCAUUCAAACCGAUGUGUCGUCUCCGGGCAAAGAGUUCGAGUUUAAAAGCGACUCUCCCACGCGAAAAGACUUCAUUUUUUGAAGGGAAGAAUGAUGACAAGAAGGAGUGGCUUCAUGGGCUCUCCUCAGGGGCUCACAAGGCCGGCAAAAAAGUACCUGUGUUCGUGAUGUUGCCUCUUGAUACAGUAUCCGUCGGCGGUAACUUGAAUAGGCCACGGGCAUUGAAUGCCAGUUUGAUGGCCUUGAAGAGUGCUGGAGUUGAAGGUGUUAUGGUGGAUGCCUGGUGGGGUUUGGUGGAGAAAGAUGGUCCCUUAAAGUAUAAUUGGGAUGGUUAUGCUGAGCUUGUCCAGAUGGUUCAAAGACAUGGCCUGAAGCUUCAAGUUGUUAUGUCUUUCCAUCAGUGUGGAGGAAAUGUUGGAGACUCUUGCAGUAUUCCCUUACCUCCAUGGGUGCUUGAAGAAGUCAGCAAGAACCCUGAUCUAGUCUACACAGACAGGUCUGGCCGGAGGAAUCCCGAGUAUAUUUCCUUGGGCUGUGAUUCAUUGCCUGUGCUCAAGGGAAGAACACCCAUCCAAACCUACUCUGAUUUCAUGAGGAGCUUCAGGGACACAUUCAAAGCUUAUCUAGGAGGAGUUAUUGUGGAAGUUCAAGUUGGAAUGGGCCCCUGUGGGGAGCUGAGGUAUCCAUCUUAUCCAGAAAGCAAUGGUACUUGGAGAUUCCCUGGAAUUGGUGAAUUCCAGUGCUAUGACAAGUACAUGAGAGCUUCCCUGGAAGCAUCAGCCGAAGCAAUCGGAAAGGGAGAUUGGGGUAAAGGUGGACCCCAUGACGCAGGCAACUACAACCAGUUCCCAGAGGACACUGGAUUCUUCAGGAGGGAAGGAACAUGGAAAACCGAGUACGGCAAGUUCUUCUUAGAGUGGUACUCUGGAAAGUUACUAGAACAUGGUGAUCAGAUUCUAGCUGCUGCUGAAGCUAUAUUUCAAGGAACCAGAGCCAAGCUAUCUGGAAAGGUUGCAGGGAUCCAUUGGCAUUAUGGGUCUAGGUCCCAUGCAGCUGAAUUAACAGCUGGGUACUACAACACCAGGCACCGAGAUGGCUACCUUCCGAUUGCAAGAACAUUGGGGAAACGAGGCGUCGUACUGAACUUCACGUGUAUGGAGAUGCGAGAUGGAGAACAACCGGCACAUGCAAACUGCUCACCUGAAGGACUAGUCCGGCAAGUGAAGAUGGCAACUAAGACCACGUGCUGUGAGCUUGCGGGAGAAAAUGCAUUGGAGAGGUAUGACGAUAGAGCUUUUGCACAAGUCUUGGCAACGAGUAGGUCAGAUUCACGGAAUGGAUUGAGUGCAUUCACAUAUCUAAGGAUGAACAAGAGGUUGUUUGAAGGGGAGAAUUGGAGGAAUUUAGUGAAUUUUGUGAAGAGCAUGUCAGAAGGUGGCCGGGAUCUCAGGCUCUCGGAGCAAGACACAGGCCAUACCAAACUUUAUGUUGGCUUUCUCAAUGAACAGAACCUGAAGACUAAGGAAGCUGUUCCAGCAUAAAGAAUGAUAUGCAACUUUAUGAAUGAAGAUAUAUAUAUUUAGAGUGUAUACUAGGUCCUAGAGAAAAGGAAGAGAGUUUCAUAAAGAAUAGAAAAUAUACCAUUAUGUAAGUGUCUCUUUAAACCAUGGAACAAUUUUAAGUUCCUUCUGUCGAGGUUUAAACUAAUGGAUUCUUAUGGUUAUUGAAUGGCA